CAGAAACGGCAGCACCAGAGAGCAUGGAGGAGCAAGACUCUAUCAUUCCUCUGGACCUCUACCCUCUCUCACUGACAACCUUCCUCUGGGAAUACCCUGUAAAGAGUGGAGUAGAGAAGAGAAGAGGAGGGAGAUAGAGGACAAGAGGAGUAAUCUCUCGAUCUACCCUUCAGGAGAGGAAGCACCAGUCCCUUACUCUAGUGGGACAAAUCACACACUAUUCUUUUUUUUGCCUGUCGGACCUGUGUAAGUCUUGGGCUAUCUUUAACCUGCGGUCACCUUCUCGACUGUGUGGACUUAUGUUGACCCUGGAGAGGACCAUGGGGCUGGGGUGGAGGUGGAAGGGUGCAGGAGGGUCCCCCAGUAUAAGGACAGGGGGCAGCACAUUCCUCUGGGUGACAGUACUACUGCUCUGUGGUACCUGGAGGGCUAACACACAGAUGGUAGAGGACACCAAGUCUGUGUACUUCUGGGAAACAGGGCCAUGGGGCAGAUGUAUGGGCAGUGACUGUGGCCCAGGUGGCAGCCAGAGUCGGGCUGUGUGGUGUGCCCACGUGGACGGCUGGACCACCCUCCACACCAACUGUGACCAGUCCCAGCGGCCUWCCAACCAGCAGAACUGCUUCCGUGUGUGCGACUGGCACAAGGACCUUUACGACUGGAAACUGGGUGCCUGGAACCAGUGUGUGUCCGUGUCAGCAAGGACCUUUGGGGGCAUGCGGCCAUACGUAUGCAAUGGGGGUGAGGAGGGCAUUCAGACUCGGGAGGUGGGCUGCAUACUAAGGUCAGACGAGUCUCCCGGAGACGACAACAUCUGUGAGUACUUUGAGCCCAAGCCUCGACUAGAGCAGGCCUGCCUCAUCCCCUGYCCUCAKGAYUGUGUAGUGUCUGARUUCACCCCCUGGACAUCCUGCUCAAAAACUUGUGGAACCGGCCUAAAGAACCGGGUGCGCAGUGUMCUGGUGCCUCCRCUCUUCGGGGGUUCMGCCUGCCCMAACCURACYGARUUCCAGASCUGUAAGCCAGGGYCUUGUAAGGGGCCUGAGGGGGUGUACAGCCUCAGGGUGGGGCCCUGGAUGCCCUGUUCUCUCCCCAUUUCCCGSCCGGUGCGGCAGGCCAAGCRUAGGAAGGGUAAAGGGGGGGCCAGGGAGAGGCCUGGGGUCAAAGACCCUGAUACUAGGGAGCUGAUCCAGAAGAAACGGACCAGGAACCGGCUCAACAGGCAGGAGAGCCCCUUCUGGGACAUCCAGGUGGGAUACCAGAGUCGCACGGUGUCCUGUGCACACAGGAACGGGAGCACGGUGGGACUCAGUCGGUGUCUGCCGAGGGACCUCCCUCUGACGGUCCAGUCCUGCAUCCUCGCUAAGGACUGUAAGCUGAGCGAGUGGGCAGACUGGGGCCCCUGCUCCAAGGCCUGUCUAGACCCAGACCCUGAGUCCUCCAGGGGUCAACGCUCCAGGACCAGACGAGUGCACCAGUUCUCCGUGGGGGAGGGGGAGGACUGCCCRCCGCUGGAGGAGACGGAGCCAUGUGACCCCCAGGGGGAUGGAGUACUGCCCUGCGCCACUUACACCUGGAGGACUACAGAGUGGAGCGACUGUAGGGUGGAUUCAUUGCUAAGCCAACAGGACCGUCGGCGUAGCAACCAGACUGGCCUGUGUGGGGGAGGCCUCCAGAAUCGAGAGGUGUACUGUGUCCAGGCCAACGCCGAACUACUGACCUACCUCAACAACCUCAAAGACAAAGAUGCAUCCCGUCCUGUGGACAGCAAGCUGUGUGGGGGUCCCAUCCCCAACACGUCCCAGCUGUGUCACAUCCCCUGUCCCAUCGAGUGUGAAGUGUCUCCAUGGGGGGCCUGGGGACCCUGCACCUAUGAGAACUGUGAUGUCCAAGAAGGGAAGAAAGGUUUUAAACUGAGGAAACGGGAGAUCAGCAAUGAGCCAACAGGAGGACCAGGGAACUGCCCUCACCUGGUGGAGGCUGUCCCAUGUGACGAACCCAGCUGCUGGGACUGGCGCCUGGUCAGACUGGAUGAGUGUAUCCCCGACGGGGAGCUGCCGUGUGGCUCCGGGACACAGACACCUCAGGUCCAGUGUGUCAACAGCACCGAUUAA